AUGACAAAUAUCGGAAUGUUAACACCAGAUCGGUUUCAAAUGGAACGAAGUCACAGUUUAUUUAACUUUCCUCGACGACUAAUACUGCAUCCAUUGGAAAUCGACGAUGACGAUGAUAACGGGAGAGGGUCACCCUUUGCAAAUCGAUUCGGUCCAUGCGAUGAAGCAGUAUCCUCGACGAAGAAAAAAGCCAGAGCUUGGUCAGUACGUGCACGACGUGACGAACCGAAUCUUUUACGAGGAGACAGAUUCAUUCCACGUCGAAUUGAUCUUGACCGUGAUUAUGCCCUAGAUACACUUGUAUCCCAAAAUCUUCAGAUAACUUCACGUGUUAUAUCUUCGAGCAAUGGUCAGAUAGUAUCCAUCGAUCAACAACAACAGCAACAACAAAUUGUUCGUCAACAACGUCGGACACAAAAACGUACGAAUCAACAAGCGCAAACAGCAUCGUCACGUAAAACACUCGAAUUACUCGAACAUUUCAUGCCACAAAAUCGACGCAUUUAUAAUUUUGGUGUGAAGACUCUCAAACCACGACCGAUAGAUCCCAGUGAUCUUGCUCGACAAAUCGAAGCAUUAACAAUCACAUCUAAGGAAAGAUACAUCAGUUCUACGCCAGAACGUAUCCUCGAUGCACCUGAUUUAAUCGAUGAUUUUUAUUUGAAUUUAAUCGACUGGGGUAAGCCGACAAAUAUGAUCGCUGUUGCUUUGAUGAACUGUGUGUUUCUUUGGGAUGAUAAUUCCGGUAAUGUGACGAAAUUACUUGAACUUCAAACACCAAAUACAAACGAUGAAUAUGACGAUGAUGAACAAGUACAUUAUGUCUCAAGUGUUGCAUGGCACAACAAAUCACCUUAUCUUGCUGUCGGCACAUCUUAUCAACAAGUCCAUAUUUAUGAUGUUAAUCAACAAAUAUGUAAACGAAAACUAAUCGCCGAAAAUACACUGGAUGAAGACGAUAGAAUACCUUGUUUAGCAUGGAACCAAAAUAUCAUUGCUUGUGGCACGCGCAACUCAGGUGACAUUCUUCUCUACGAUGUCCGACAAAAAGAUUGUAUUAUCAAAUUUCAAACACAUCGGCAAGAAGUUUGUGGUUUGAAAUGGUGUCCCAACGGACGAUAUCUCGCCAGCGGUAGUAAUGAUAAUACUGUAUGUGUAUGGGACUUUCAUCAAUGGUAUUCAACCAGUGGAACAUCGGGUAGUUAUUCUUCACUUUUACCACCAGCUGAUGGUGAUAAAAAGAAAGCGAAUAUUCCAACGAAACCUUUAUGGCACAUUAAAGAUCAUAAAGCAGCUGUUAAAGCGAUUGCCUGGUGUCCAUGGGAAGGUUCGAAAGUAUUGGCAACCGGUGGUGGUCAUUCAGAUGGUUAUUUACGUUUCUGGAAUAAUAGUAAUGGCACAUGUCAACAAGCAAUCAAAACCGAUUCACAAAUCUCUUCCAUACUUUGGUCAACAGAUUAUAAACAAAUUGUUACGGGCCAAGGUCAUCCAAACAAUUUCAUUCACAUUUGGCAUUAUCCGUCGAUGGAAAAAUGUCAUACAUUACAUGGCCAUACAUCACGUAUUCUGUCAUUAAUCAUGGGGCCAAAAGGCAAUCCAGUUGUGAGUUUAUCAGCCGACGAGACAAUUCGAUUUUGGAAUUGUUUUCCAAUCGAUGUGCAACGGAAGAAAAAGCUCGAAAUGACACGUACACAUUCGUAUCCUACAAAGUUAAAUUUCAAUUGUCGAUAG